AUGUCAUCUCCAUAUUAUGUUCCAGUCUCGCUCAAUCAUACCGCCCUUCUCCUCUCCGAUGUCCAAUCUCAAAUCCUCCGACGUUUCUCUCAGGAAGACCAGGCUGCUUAUCUUGGCAAAGUCCUAAAACUUCUGAACUUCUUCCGCUCAGAGAUCAAAUCCCGUCGUGCCUCAGCCAAGCCAAAGAAAUCCCGUUCCCUCUAUGACGAUGUGCCGCUGAUCGUCCACCAUACACUUCCCUUCAACAUCAACUCAAACGCGUUCGUGUCACCUUACAAUACACUCGCAAGCUGGGUAGCCAAGCUCGAAGCUGGCGGUGCAUUUGCCUACGCGCCCUCUGAUCCCCAUCGUCCUCACUAUGCUGUUCCUUCGGAGCUAGUGCCUCCCGGGGGCUGGGGCGGAAAGGAUGAGAUUUUGCUCGGCAAACUACAACCAAAUUGUUUUGGGUCCUCAGAUUUACUCGCUUAUCUGCGGGCACGUGGGAUCAGACAUGUUGUGCUGGUUGGGUUAACGACUAUGGGCAGCAUUCUAAGCAGUGCAAGAGCUGGUGCGGAGCUGGACUUUCAUGUUAUCUGUGUUGAGGAUGGGAUUAUUGACGAUGACCCUGAGAUUCAUGAGUUCAUCAUGAAGCGUAUUCUACCUAAAUUUGUUGAUGUUGUCACGGCCAAGGAUGUCGUGAACCUAGGAAAGGAAAAGUCAAGUGGCUAG